AUGAAGAAACAACACUUGAAGAGAUACGAGAACCAUCUAUCCGUAGGAAGCUGGAAAUUAAUUGAAGAGUUCAACGUUAGCAAUUCAAUUGGACAAUACAGGACUACCAAACAUUGUUACCGGAUUAGUUUUGUCAAAGACACAAUUGUGUCUAAUUCUGUAACCGUGUCAAACUCUGACUUCUUGGACUUGGUC